AUGAAAAGUAUCAGCAGCAUUCUUCACACUUGUGUUACUUUGGACAAGGCCACUGCACAUUCUCAGAAAUGUUGUGAAAAACUCGUGGAGGAAGGAGCUAUUAAAACAUUGCUGAAGAUUUUUGCCUCAGCCACCCGAAGUAUACACGAUCAGGAGGUUCAAAAACACGUGCUCUCAACUCUAAGGAACCUUGCCCGGUAUCCACACCUGGUAGAAGUGCUAAUUGACAGUCCGGGAUCUGUAGAAACUGUUGUAUGCGAGUUUGUAAGGAACAAGGAAGAGGGUUAUUUCACCGCUUCAGAACUUCUAAAGAAGGUUUGUGCUAGCCGUAAAGGCGUUGAAGCUGUGCGUAAAUCGCCCGCUCUUUUGAAAAGGCUACACAAUCUUGUUAAGGAACUUAGUAGGAAGGCUGGCAACAAUGACAAGAGGUCAGAUUUAAGCAAAGAAUCUCUCGUUUUUUCUUCGGAAACUUAAAUUAAACGAUCGUUAAGCUCUAAUUAGUACCA